AUCCGCCGCAGUUCGAGGAGCGGCCCGUCGACCAGAUCGUGAUGAACGACCGCGUGGCCUCGUUCACGUGCCGCGCCACGGGCAACCCUGAGCCGCGGAUCCAGUGGCGCAAGAACGGCAGGAAGGUCAGCGGCAACACUCGCUACAUGAUCCUCAACGUGCCCGGCGGAUCUAUCCUGAGGAUCGAGCCCGUCAAGUUCCUGCGCGACGAAGCCACCUACGAGUGCGUCGCCGAGAACACCGCCGGAGACACCAUCACCGCCAAGGCCAAGCUGGACGUCAUCUCCGACGACCUGGUGUGCGACGCCCGAGGCAACCCCGACCCGGACAUCACCUGGUACAAGGACCACCGGCCGGUCGACCUCACCAACCAGCGCUACAGCGUCCUCCGCUCCGGGAGCCUGCAGAUCAGCACCAGCACGGAGGAGGACGGAGGCAAAUACGAGUGCGUCGCCAGGAACUCCGUGGGGACAGCCUUCAGUAACCUCGUCAGCCUCUAUGUCAGGGUGCGCCGCGUGCCUCCCCGCUUCAGCAUGCCCCCCGACUCUGUCUAUGAGGUCAUGCCCGGCGAAUCCCUCAGCAUCCCGUGUGUGGCCGUGGGCUCGCCGAUGCCGUACGUGCAGUGGAAGAAGAACUCCCGGCAGGGCCCGGCGGAGGACAUGACGGACAACCUGAUCACCAAGAACGUCCUGGUGCUCGAGAACAUCCAGGAAUCGGCCAACUACACCUGUCAAGCGCAGUCAACCCUUGGACUCGUCACCCAGGAGGUCGCUGUCAAGGUUCAAGCUCUGCCGCGUCCUCCCGACCAGGUGAUGAUCAGUGAUGUCAUGGCGACAUCAGUGCGGAUCACGUGGGACUAUGACGUCAGCCCGGGAGACAUCUCGUAUUACGUCAUUCAGUACAAGCCGCACCACGCCGAGAGGGACUACCACGAAAUCUCCGGCCUCGUCACCAAGUUCUACAACGUCAUUGGAUUGACGCCGUUCACCGUGUACGAGUUCCAAGUCCUAGCCGUGAACAAGAUCGGACGCGGCCCGCCGUCGAAGCCCGUGACGGUGAGCACGGGAGAAACAGUCAACGGUGGAAACUCAAACCCUGGCAGCGCCCCCAGGAACGUCCACGUGCGGCCGCUGUCCUCGUCGACGAUGGUGAUCCAGUGGGACGAACCCGAGGUCCCCAACGGGCAAAUCACGGGCUACAAACUGUACUACACCACCAAUCCAUCUCUGCCAAUCCAAUCUUGGAAGAGUCAACCGGUGCAGGACAACAAGUUGACAACCAUCAGUGACCUAACUCCACACACAAUCUACACCAUACGUGUGCAAGCUUACACAGGCAUUGGACCAGGGCCUCUCUCAGACCCUGUGAAAGUCAAGACUCAGCAAGGAGUACCCAGCCAGCCCACCAACCUGCAUCCUGCUCGUGUUACGGCAACGUCUAUCGAACUCAGUUGGACGAGACCUUCUCAUCAAGGAGAGAACAUAAUUUCUUAUGAACUGUAUUGGAAUGAUUCUACCACUCAGAGACAAGAGCAGCGUAAUAUUCCGGAGGGUGAGAGCUACACCUUGGAAAACCUGCAACCCAACACAGUGUACAAUCUGUGGUUAGCAGCUCGAUCGCAGCGGGGGGAAGGCGCCAGCACUGCACCCAUCUCAGUCCGCACAGAGGAACACUUCCCAGGUGCUCCUCCCAGCAACAUCCGUGCUGCUGCUGAAGACUCCGAGACAAUCCAUGUGGAGUGGGAGCCUCCCCCAGAAGACAAACAACAUGGAAAGAUCACCCACUACAAACUCAUGUAUGUCAACAACACACGACCAGAUUCAGAUGCUUCGGUGAUCACAAUAUCUGACCCCACACAGCGGGAUUACCUCAUUACCAACCUGCAGAAAUGGACGGAGUACAGAGUUUGGAUGCUAGCAGGAACCAUCAUAGGGGACGGUGUCAAAUCUGACCCCCAGCUAGUCCGCACAGAUGAAGAUGCUAAACCGCUGCUUCCUGGUGAACCACGCAACGUGAAGGUUGAGGUCAUCAACAGCACAAGCAUUAGGGUUACUUGGACGCCUCCCAACGAAGGGGAAAGAAAUGGCAUUCUUCGUGGCUACCAGAUCCAUGUGCAGGAGAUUGAAGGAAGGGGAGGCAGUAUGAUUAUUCCUGGUUCGAUGCCAUACACAGUACACAAUGGUGAAGCAACAAGUUAUGUGGUUACUGAUCUGCACCCUGACACAGAGUAUCAAGUUCAGGUGUCAGCUAUAACAAGAAAAGGUGAUGGUGAGAGAUCAUUGCCUACGAAAGUGCAGAUGCCAGGUGGUGUGCCCAACAAACCUGCUCUGAUUGUGAAUGGGACUAUUGAUAAAACAAAUGGAAGGCUGUCUGUUUUCGUUGAAUGGAAAACUCCAACUGAGACUUAUGGAGAGAUAAUGGGUUACCGUCUGAGAUAUGGACCAAGAGGAGAAAAGCUAAAUACUGUCAGUCUUGAGGGUCGCUCCAUGCUGCACAAGACGCUUAAUGAUCUGCAGAGGGGAAUCGAGUAUGAGCUCCGUGUAGCUGGUCGCAACCACAUAAACUAUGGUCAGGAAGCAGUUGAAUACUAUAUGACUCCUGAGGCACCACCAUCUGGGCCACCCACCAACAUUACAUAUAAAUACCAAACUCCUGGCACAAUUGUUUUCACAUGGGAUUUACCCAAGCCUAAUGAAAGGAAUGGAGUUAUUCAUAUGUAUGAUGUGCAGUUCAACAAGAAUGUGAUUUUGAACAAUGACUUCAAACAUGAGAGAAACACUACCGAAGGGAGAAUAGUCUUUAAUGGUCUAGAAGAGAACAUGGAUUAUACUUUCAAGGUUCGAUCUUGGACUUCAAAGGGUCCUGGACCUUAUAGUGAGAUUGUACACUUACACACAGAGCCUGACCUUGUUCGAGCUCCCAUGUCCCUUCAGGGACUCGCCACUUCAGAAUCCUCUAUUGAAAUAUGGUGGGAACCUGUCCCUUCUCGUGGGAAAGUUAUAGGAUAUCAGGUGUUUUACACAAUGGCUCCAUCAGCCGAUUUAGACCUGUGGACCCAUAUCAAAGUUCCAGUAACCCACUCAGCUGAACUGCAGAACUUGGAACGCCAUGCUGAGUAUGCCAUUGCUGUAGCUGCCAGGACUGCAACAGGAUUGGGUCGCUUGUCAACAAUGCUACCUGUACGUGUGAAACCAGUGGACGUACCAAUGUACCUGCGUGCUCAUCAUGUCACCACACACUCUGCAAAUCUAACUUGGGGCCCACCUAUUCAGCUGAAUCCUUUGCACUUCAAGGUGACCUAUAGUGCGGUGAAGGAGUUUGUUGAUGCUCAAGGUGUGACACAAGUCCAGAAGAUUAGUGUAACUACCAAAAUUGUGAAUAAGCGUAAGCACAGCUUCAUUAUAGAGGAUCUACGUCCCUUCACUACAUACACUGUGAAUGUCACUGCUGUACCGCAGACUCAAGAGUACCGUCCACCUGCUAAAAUCACUGUAACAACUCAGAUGGCAGCUCCUCAGCCGAUGGUGAAGCCUGACUUUUAUGGUGUCAAUGGUGACCAUGAGAUAGCCAUGAUCUUACCUCAAGCGUCAGAGGAGUACGGGCCAAUAGCUUUUUAUUACCUUAUAGUUGUGCCUGAGGACAAACUCCAUGCCUUUAAGAACCCUGAUCAGUAUCUCACGGAUGAUGGCAAAUCACUUCAUCACGCUUCAUCUACACCUGAAUUACACAAUCAUGGUCUCAUAGCCAAUAAGGCUGGAAGCAAGGAAGCGCUAGCAGAAGGACCCUACAUUGCGGCCAAAUUCCUACAUCGUAAUAUCCCGUAUUCCUUCUCCCUUGGUAAUGGUCAGAUUUAUGAGGGAUUCAAGAACAGACCGUUGCAGAAUAACAAGAGGUACAAGAUCUUCGUAAGGGCCAUUGUCGACACUCCUGGACAGCACCUCUACACUUCAUCACCCUUCUCGGACUUCAUCUCAUUGGACAUGCGAGCUGCACCCACAGGGAAGCUCCCGGAGCGCCCCAAGCCCAACCCUGAUCAUGUGGGAACAAAUGUCCCCAUUCCGGGCCCUGGGAAUGAUAUGGAAAUGCUUAUGAUUGUUGGUCCUGUUAUUGGAGCUGUCCUGCUGGUGGUCAUAUCUCUGUUCUUAUUCCUCUUUGUUUGGAAGCGUCGCAGGCAGCCCAAGUCCCGUGACCAGGCUCAGGUGACAAAGCCCUUAAUGGCUGAUCACGGUGGCGGUCAUGUGGGUGGAGGAAUCGGCGGUGGUGGAGGUAGCGUUGGUGUCAUCCCGGCUGCUCCUUCUGAUCCAGUGAAGAUGCGACGACUUAACUUCCAGACCCCAGGCAUGAUCUCCCACCCUCCCAUCCCAAUCUCACAACUUGCAGAGCACAUUGAGAGACUCAAAAGCAAUGACAAUCAGAAGUUCUCACAGGAGUAUGAGUCAAUUGAACCAGGACAGCAGUUUACUUGGGAUAACAGUAACCUUGAAGUCAACAAACCAAAGAAUCGUUAUGCCAAUGUGAUUGCAUAUGACCACUCAAGAGUUGUUCUCCAGACCCUUGAAGAAGUUCCAGGAAGUGAUUAUAUCAAUGCCAACUUUUGUGAUGGCUAUCGCAAACAAAAUGCGUAUAUUGCCACUCAGGGUCCACUUCCGGAAACUUUUGGCGACUUUUGGCGCAUGUGUUGGGAACAGCGCUCUUGUACGAUUGUGAUGAUGACUAAGCUGGAGGAGAGAACUAGGAUCAAGUGCGACCAGUAUUGGCCUGGGAGAGUAUCACAGACGGAAACUUAUGGCAUCAUGCACAUCACCCUGACUGACAUUCAAGAACUAGCCACCUAUACUGUGAGGACGUUCCAGUUACAGAGAUCUGGCAGUUUGGACCGACGUGAAGUGCGACAAUUCCAGUUCACUGCCUGGCCUGACCACGGUGUUCCUGACCAUCCAACACCAUUCCUCAUGUUCCUACGGCGAGUGCGACAUGUCAACCCACCAGACUCGGGACCAAUUGUCGUUCACUGCAGUGCUGGUGUUGGCCGAACAGGAGCAUUCAUUGUCAUCGAUGCCAUGCUGGAGAGGAUAAAACACGAACAGAGUGUUGAUAUCUAUGGACAUGUGACUUGUCUGCGUGCUCAAAGGAACUACAUGGUCCAAACUGAAGACCAAUACAUCUUUAUACAUGAUGCCCUCUUGGAGGCUGUGAUGGCAGGGGCGUCAGAGGUGCCGGCACGCAGCUUACACUCGCAUAUCCAGAAGUUAAUGGCUGUUGAAGCUGGUGAUACUGUGACAGGCAUGGAACUGGAAUUUAAGCGUCUAGCAAACAUCAAGGCCCAACCAUCGAGGUUUGUUAGUGCCAACCUGCCUGUCAACAAAUUCAAGAACCGAUUAGUAAACAUCCUGCCAUACGAAAGUACUCGUGUUUGCCUUCAGCCUCUCCGUGGCAGUGAGGGUUCAGACUACAUUAAUGCCAGCUUUAUUGAUGGCUAUAGGUAUCGCUGCGCUUACAUUGCAACACAAGGUCCAUUGCAAGAGACAGUUGAUGACUUCUGGCGGAUGCUUUGGGAACACAACUCCACCAUUGUUGUCAUGCUCACCAAGCUCAAGGAGAUGGGCAGGGAAAAAUGUUACCAGUACUGGCCAAAUGAACGUUCUCAACGAUACCAGUUUUAUGUGGUGGAUCCAAUAGCUGAGUAUAACAUGCCUCAGUAUAUUCUCAGGGAGUUUAAGGUUACUGAUGCUAGAGAUGGACAGUCUCGCACCAUACGACAGUUCCAGUUUAUUGAAUGGCCAGAGCAGGGUGUGCCAAAGUCUGGAGAAGGGUUCAUUGACUUCAUUGGCCAAGUGCACAAGACCAAGGAGCAGUUUGGACAGGAUGGGCCCAUCACUGUACACUGCAGUGCUGGCGUUGGACGUACCGGUGUGUUUAUCACCCUGAGUCAGGUCCUGGAGCGCAUGCAGUAUGAGGGUGUUGUUGACAUGUUCCAGACCGUCCGCAACCUCCGCACACAGCGUCCUGCUAUGGUGCAGACAGAGGAGGAGUACAGGUUCUGCUACUUGGCCAGUCUGGAGUACCUAGACAGUUUUGAUCACUUCGUAGACUGACUAUCAAGGCCUGCCGGCACUCGCCUGCAAUCUGUGUGGACCUGAGAAAACAAUCAGGCUAGCUCGGGUGCUAGAGUAAGCAAAUAAUUGUAGGCAGUUAGUGGUGAUAAGUUGCACUAGAAUGAACCAUUUAUCUCUGUGCUGCAGAGGUGCUCUCUCUAGAAAAAAAGCAGAUGCUGUGUUGUAUCUUGCUAAGAAAGAAAUAUUGGGCUCAUUCAAAAUAAUAAUAAGGCUGGUGUGAAAGAAUUUUCUUGUAGUGAGACUUUCUUCAACUCCCUUGAGUUAGCACUACAGAGACUUCAUGAAUGGCCAAAUGCAGAUAGUGCAAUAAGUUUAUCAUAUAUUUAAAUAUCUGAUUUAUAUAUUUAAAAGAGUUGAAAUCAAAAAAAUAUUAUGUUGGAAACUUGCACCCUCCAAGAUGUCAUUUCCAUGGAAACUAAACAAGAGACAGUGGACGACUUGCUUCUUGUUGACUGACGACCACAAAGCUCAUGUCAGUGAUAGCAUGAGUGAAACCAAGCUGCCUUCUCAAGACUGUCAUGGGUGAUGUCAGAGAAGCUGUGUUAAGAAAAGUUUUAUUACAAGUGCACUGAAGCUGGAUUUUAAGAAAUUUGCCAUGAUAACAUAGCAAGUCAGUGGAGGGACAAUUGGAAACGCCAUCCCUCAAUACAACCAGGCGACAAGAUGCCACAAUAAUUUCCUUCAGCAUGUUCUAAUUCUCAAACACAGGUGGACAUUGUAGCUCAUUUUGUAGAUAGUAUAGCACAAAAAUGUAUAAUGACAAUGAAGGAAUUAAGAGAGAAAAAAAAAUGAUCUCAAAAUUACAGAACCAAUAUUGGGUGCUAAUGUGUGUAAACAUCACCUCUUCUAAUGUGCCAAUAUAUGGGCAUAUGCUUCAGUGUUAGUUAUGAAGACCAAGAUGAAGAAAAGUUUUAUAUUGUAGGUAAUAACUUUCUUUUAUGAGAAAUUUGUAACUGUGUGAAAGAAAUUUUUCUUCAGGUUAGACAAUUGGCAGAGUCCUCUUAGUGUAUUGCAUACAACUGUAUUUGGUGAUGCAAAUCUUGGUGUGGUGUCAUCGUUUGAAAAAAGGAAAAUAUAUUGACAUGGAUGUGCUCUCAAACUACUUGCAGAAAUUGCAUAAAUGGAACAUCAUAAGUGCUUUCACAAAAUGUAGGUUUAAGUUAUUAAAGAUGUCUAAACACAAAGUACAUAUAGAAUUAUCCAUGUAAAUAGGGGUGUUACUCCCUCACAUGGGUUUACUUUCGACCUAUACAUGAUGAAUUAACUCAUUAUAGAAAAAUAAAAACAAAGUAAAAUGCUUCCCAAGAAGUUUUUCAGCCAUUUCAAUUUAUGAAUGUAAUUUUAAACAAUCUGUGUCCAAACUUCCAAUGCUGCAUGAACCCUGAAGGCUAUCUGUACUUCUGAUGACUUGAUAUGAACUUCAGAGAAAAGCAUUUUACUUGUAUAACUAGAUUGUUAAAAGAAAAAAAAAAAUGUAAUGAAAAUGAGAAACCUUUUAUUGGUGUGACACUGAACCCUUGCCUUGUUACCAUGAUGUAGGUCAGAUAUGUUGGUCUUAAGUUUAAAGGUUAGUGUUCUCCACAGUGUUGCACAUAUAUAUAUAGUUGUGUAUUCCAGGAUCAUGAUAUUAGGUUAUAGUACUUAUUUUUUCAUGUUUUUGUAAGAAACUUGUUUUGUUUCAUACUGACAAUGUGACCAUUCACUUUAUAUUAAUGUUUAAGUGUACUUUUUGUACAAACUUUUUUGUGUGAAUGAGCAGAUGAGCCAAGUUUGACAGAGUAAGCAGAUGGUCCUCUUUUAAGAGUGUUCGAAAUAGCCAGCCAGUUACCAGGUGCAAGGAACAGUUAAAGGCACAGAUCCAGUCCAUACCACGAAACUAUUUUCUGUAGAACUGACUGUUGC